AUGCCGUUCAUGCAUGGCACGAUGCCGCUUCGGCGGACAUUUUACUACCUGCUGCAGGGGAAAAUUAAGUUUAGAGACGAUGUACAGGUGUUCGCCAUGGGGUUCCAUCGGUUACCUAAUGAGCAACAGCAAGGUGCUAGAGAUUUUGUGUUCUGGCAUUGGGCCCAGUUGCAGUACAAGAACCCUCGAGUGCAGCUUGUAAAACAUAUUGAUAUGGUUAUAACCCCUUUUGCUAGGGCAUAUCUGAGGGACGGCAGGGAAGUGCUUUUUGAUCUCGAAGGCAUGACUCGAGGAGAAAUCGAGUCGCGAAUU